ACUCCUGCAGACCUCGGCUUGCAGGAACCUGUAGUUCCCCUGGAAGAUAUAUAUUUGGAUGGUGAGAAUGCCAAGACCGUCGAGGGAAUCGUACAAUGGCGAGCAGAAGCCGCCAUACUCGUACAUAUCGCUGACGGCAAUGGCGAUAUGGUCCUCGAGUGAGAAGAUGCUGCCACUCGCUGAGAUAUAUCGAUUCAUCGCUGACAGGUUUCCUUAUUAUCGGAGGGACACCAGACGCUGGCAGAACUCGUUGAGACAUAAUUUAUCGUUCAAUGAUUGUUUCAUCAAGGUACCGAGGAAUCCUCACACACCGGGCAAGGGAGCCUACUGGGCCCUCCACCCAGCCGCAUUAUCCAUGUUCGAGAAUGGCUCCUACUUGCGAAGGAGAAAACGGUUCAAAUUACCGAAGGAAUCCAAAGAGGAGAGUCAGGCAUUGGCGGAGACAACCGCCAGAUUGGCAGCGAGUAGCGCAUGUUCAUUGUCUGAUUGCCAUCCAACCCCCUACUAUUCCCACCAACAUCAGGACCAGACGAUAGCCCUGACUCAGCAACAACUGGACUUCCUGAAUCUAACAUCGGGAUUGACAUCCAUCUCCAAAGAUUUCAAUCCUGAACGAAAAUCCGAGCUACUGUCUAGCACGUCUAAACGGGGCGAUUCGUCACCUGACCGAAGACUGUCGUCGAAAGGGCUGAAAUCCCCCGGUGGAGUACCCAAGUCGUUCAGCAUAGAAAGCAUAAUCGAAACAACAAGCUCGAAUGAGCAACGAUCCAGGUAAGCUCUACUUUUCUUAACAACCAGUAUCAGUAUUUCCGCCCCGGUAAUAUCAUCGCAGAGCCUGCUGCCCUGGCCGAGUAGUAAUUUUCUGUACCCCCUGACAAACUCCCUGAGCACUUACCCCCUGCACCUUCACCAAGCGGCCGCGGUGUAUGCAACAGCCCUCGCAACAGCCAAUCUCUUCGCAACCUAUCCCUCCCUCCAACAGACCUCCAAGAUCCACCCCGAGGAUGGAGCUUGUGCACCGCCCGCACUAUCCCCGAUCUACGGACUGCAUCCUGGUUUGUUCCGCUCAGAUCCAGCCUUCAACUUCUCCGCUGGGCUUCAGCGAGGGGAAUUUGCAUCACCAGCAGCCAGUCUUCCACCAUUACCAGCAAUACCACCACCGCGAUUAUCUAGUAUUGAUAAUUCUCGAUUGGAAAUCACUGAACUUAGUAACUACUCCACGGAUCCCUGCAAGGACUUGGCUCCUACCUGACGAGAAUGUGAUCAUUGAUAGACUGAAUAAAAGAGGAUGAGAUGAAA